UGAAAAUCUCCAGUGAAUAUUUACUAAAAAUGGCCCGAACAUGUUUGGACAUGGCAGAACUCGAAAGAGGUUGCCACUGUGAACCAGAGGACGAAGACGACAAAUCGUUUGUGUACGUCGAAUCCACUCAGUGCGAUAAAACCUUAUCGGAAGACAGCAAAGCCCUAACCGAAACCGUUUGGUACCACUUGAAACCGCCAAAAUUAUUCUCUACGAAUUACUCUCCGGCUAUUACUGCCAGGCAAGUGCAAAUCAUGAGAAUUCAGUUGCAAGGAAAACGGAAACUGGCAGGCGACGAUCAGGUGUGUACUGUCAAGGAGAAGGUGAACGUUAGUAUUCCCAAGAAGAAGUCUGCUGUUACGUUUUUGUCAGCUACUUCUACGAAGAAUGGAGAUUGAAGGCUGUAGAUUGUAUAGAGCAAGAAAAAUGCUGAAGAAAAUAUUAAAAUUUAUUAUAAUCACACAAUUUCUCACAUUAUAUCUUGCAGUAUGACACACAUUUUCUUUUUAAUAUACUUGUUUUGUAUAAAGCACGAUUAUACCUU